GCUUGUGAAAGUCAAUUGUCAUCUCAUCUCAUCUCAUCUUAAACUGUUUGUUAAGGCAGAUUGUGGAGAUAGCCAGCUAGGGUCAAUGAAAGAGAGAGAUACAGAGAUAUCAAUAAAAAAAAAGAUUAUAUAAAAACAAAAACACUGGGCAAUCAAAGAAAGGGUUAUGUUUUGGAGUCAUCACCACCACUGUGAAAGAAGUAAAUGAGCCUUUGGUGUGGAGGGUUGUUUGCUUUUAAUUGGGUUGCAGAAAAGCUAGAGAGAGAGAGAGAGAGAGAGAGGUUGGAGUUCUUUCAGGUGUUUUUUUGAUUGAAGGGCAUUUUUAGGUCGGUCUUCUUGUUCUUGGAAAAGAAUAGCUUUGCUUCAUUCGCUAUAAAGCUUCGAUGCAUCUUUCAUUAUGGAAGCCAAUAUCUCACUGUGCUGCUCUGAUCUUGGACAAAAAGAGCAGAAGAAAAGAUGGGUCUAACCAUUCCACUGAAGAAAUCAAGAGAAACUCAUCAGUUCUCAGGAAAUUGCAAGAGCACAAGCUCAGGGAAGCUCUUGAGGAAGCAUCUGAAGAUGGGUCACUUGUUAAAUCCCAAGAUAUGGAUUCAGAAUCACCUGCGAAUCAAGACGAUAGCUUGGGGAGAUCGCGAUCACUCGCAAGGCUCCACGCUCAGAAGGAAUUCCUCAGAGCCACUGCUCUUGCCGCGGAGCGCAUAUUUGAGUCCUCAGACUCGAUUCCCGAGCUCCAUGAAUCUUUCUCGAAGUUCCUCACAAUGUACCCCAAGUACCAAUCUUCGGAGAAGAUCGAUCAGCUGAGAGUGGAAGAGUAUGUACACCUGUUAGGGUCAACCCCUAAGGUAUGUCUCGAUUACUGUGGAUUUGGAUUGUUUUCUUUCCUGCAAACAGUUCAUUAUUGGGAAUCAUCAACAUUUAGCUUGUCUGAGAUUACUGCAAAUUUGAGCAAUCAUGCUUUAUAUGGAGGUGCUGAUAAAGGCACUGUGGAACAUGAUAUAAAGACUAGAAUAAUGGAUUAUUUGAACAUCCCUGAGAAUGAAUAUGGCCUUGUUUUUACUGUAAGUCGUGGGUCGGCUUUUAAAUUGCUUUCUGAAUCGUACCCUUUUCAAACGAAUAAGAAGUUGUUAACCAUGUUCGAUCAUGAGAGCCAGUCUGUGAAUUGGAUGGCUCAGGCUGCCAGAGAUAAAGGUGCAAAAGUUUAUAGUGCGUGGUUUAAAUGGCCAACCCUCAAAUUAUGCUCAACUGAUCUGAGAAAACAGAUCUCGAACAAAAAAAAGAGGAAAAAGGAUUCAGCGGCUGGUCUUUUUGUGUUUCCCGUUCAGUCUAGGGUCACUGGUGCUAAGUAUUCAUACCAGUGGAUGGCACUGGCACAGCAGAACAAUUGGCAUGUCUUGCUCGAUGCUGGGUCAUUAGGUCCCAAAGACAUGGAUUCUCUUGGAUUGUCUCUAUUCAGGCCGGAUUUCAUCAUCACAUCAUUUUACAGGGUUUUUGGGUAUGACCCAACUGGAUUUGGUUGCCUUCUCAUCAAGAAAUCGGUGAUGGCAAGCCUUCAAAAUCAAUCUGGACACACUGGUUCGGGUAUAGUGAAAAUCACCCCUGUUUUUCCUCUGUAUCUGAGCGACUCUGUUGAUGGUUUGCCUGGAUUGGCUGGAACGGAAGAUGAUGAAGUGGGUGGGAAUGGCGAAAUAUCCACUGAAACUCGCCCUGGAGCACAGUUGCCUGCAUUUUCUGGUGCAUUCACUUCUGCUCAGGUAAGGGAUGUGUUUGAGACGGAGAUGGAUCAGGAUAACAGCUCUGACAGAGACGGGACUAGCACCAUAUUUGAAGAAACCGAGAGUAUUUCUGUGGGGGAGGUGAUGAAGAGUCCAGUUUUCAGUGAAGAUGAGUCAUCGGACAACUCAAUAUGGAUUGAUCUGGGUCAGAGCCCUUUGGGGUCAGACAACAAUGGCCAGUUGAACAAACAGAAGGUUGCAUCUCCCUUACCACCCUUUUGGUUUUCAGGCAAGAAGAACAAGGGGCUUUCUCCUAUACCUUCAUCAAAGAUAUCUAACAGCCCAAUAUACGACCAAGAGAUACACCCUGCUUCUCAUGAGGACCACCAUGUGCUAUCAUUUGAUGCUGCUGUUCUAUCAGUGUCGCACGAUGUGGACCGUCUCAAGGAUAUCCCUGAAAAAGAACAAUUAACCGAAGCAAAACCCUUUUCACAAAAUGGCGGAAAGGGUUCAGGUCAACGGCACGAUCAGGGAAUUCAGGAGGAACCUCAAACCAGCAAAUAUUCCGGGGUAAACGGAUCCGGUGUUGACAAGUCGUCUUCUGUCUUGCAGCCUCGUGUCCUUGAGAACGGCUCAACCUCUAAAAUUCGCGUGGAGUCCAAAGAAAGUGCGAUAAGAAGAGAGACAGAAGGGGAGUUUCGGUUGUUGGGAAGGAGGGAGGGUGGUCGAUUUGCUGGUGGUAGAUUUUUUGGCAUAGAAGAGCUUGAACAGCCCGGAAGUAGGGGAAGAAGGGUAUCAUUUAGUAUGGAAGAUCACCGUAAAGAACCUCUGAACCAUACUUUGGAGCCUGGAGACAUCAGCGAUGAUGAGGAGUUCAUAAGUGAUGGAGAAUAUGGUGAUGGGCAAGACUCGGGCAGAAGGGAACCCGAGUUAGUAUGCAGGCAUCUCGAUCAUGUAAACAUGUUAGGUCUCAACAAAACCACUCUCCGAUUGCGGUUCUUGAUCAACUGGUUUGUGACCUCGUUGCUGCAAUUACGGUUACCUGCUUCUGAUGGGAACGAAUCAGUGCCGCUUGUUCACAUUUACGGUCCAAAGAUUAAAUACGAAAGGGGUGCUGCUGUGGCUUUCAAUGUCAAGGACAGAAACCGGGGCCUAAUCAAUCCGGAACUUGUUCAGAAACUGGCCGAGGCAAAUGGUAUCUCUCUUGGCAUUGGUAUUCUCAGUCACAUUCGGAUUUUAGAUAGCCCAAGACAGCAACGCGGGUCUUUCAAUCUUGAAGAUAGUGCCCUGUGCAAGCCGAUGGAAAAUGGGCGGCACGAUGGGAAAAGUGGAGGGUUCAUUCGUGUUGAGGUUGUCACGGCUUCUCUUGGCUUUCUGACGAACUUCGAUGAUGUUUAUAAUUUGUGGGCUUUCGUAGCGAGGUUUCUUGAUCCAGCCUUUGUCAAAGAGGACGGACUACCAACUGUUGCAGAAAGUUCAGAGAUUCAAGGCUGAAAAACAAGCAGCGACGCUCUAGAUUCUAUUUCAAAGUUAAGAUGGAUUUGCACAUCUUGGAGUUGAAAUGGAAUAUUUUGUUGCAUAUAAAGGAUGAGAAAGGUACUGUUUUCAAUGUGCAGGAGUCUUUUUGGUCUUCCUCUAGACUUCGCUGCAAUCGGGUGAAUUUGUUCAUUCAUGUUUUUAAUUGCUUGGAUUUUUCUUCUUCAUCACCUUUUGGGGUUGUUCUUGUAGACUUGUAGAGUUGGGUUUAGAUAUUUGUAUCCAUCAAGAAGCAUGAACUCGAACUAGAAUCAACCGGGCACUUCACUCUAUACCAACCUGUUCUUUUUUUCAUGCUUUUGUAUAAGAUUCAGCUUAUUUCACAUGCUUUGGGCUAUUAUACAAUGCAAUGGCAUGUUCAAUAGAACCAAUGCUAAGAACUUGUGGAGUUUCA